AUGGACCAACGAUCGACUCUUCGUGAAAUUUCUGCCGCGUGUGGUUUGUCCCUUGGCACCCUCAGUCGCAAUCUCAAGAAAGGGACCCUGCAGCGGCGCACAACGAGGAUCAAGCCGCUCUUGAACGACACGAACAAGGCCGAACGCUUCCCGUUCUCCAACGCCUCUGCCUCUGUCGACUUCGACAACCUCUGGGACGUGGUUCAUCUAGACGAGAAAUAG